CUAGCUACGUUACACCGAUCCCUCUGCAUCAUGGAUCCUCUUUAAUUCUUUUCUCUUACGAUCGGAUCCCAGUGCCACGAUUAGAGAGCGGGAAACAUGAGUCCUACGAAGUGGAAUCUCGUUUCGAUGGUGAUGCUCUCCCUGAUGUCCGUGGGUAUUCAGACUCUACCCAAGGAAACCUCAAGACAGCCAAAGCAACAGCCCCAAAAGCGUGAAGCUGCCUCACCGAGUCACUCCACGAGCAUACCACCGUUCUGGGAGCACAUUCUCCGAGAAUCAGUGUUCAGAACCAUCUCGCUAGCUGCGCCAGGCAACUACCAGCUGUACAGACGUCUGUUGGAGGCGCCAUUUCACGGUGGUCCGGUUCCCAGCAUCAGCAGCGACGCGUCCAGUGUCAUCCUGUCGCGUGGCGACGUUCAUCAGCUGCCAAACGGACGCUGGCUGUUCUGCCAGCAAGGCUGCAUCGACUGCGGCCUGUGCAUCGACCACACGCACCCCACGGUCAAGUGGGUUCUCCGGGGGAUCAAGAGGGUCUCCUCUCACGGCGCCACGAGACAGGAUCUUCAGCUGACGAUCGUGCCGCAGCUGGACGGCAGCUACCACAUGAGGAGUCUGUGGCCACAGUCCUACGUCUACGUGACCUCGCAGGGUGAGCAGGAUCUCUACCUCAGCGACCACCAUAGUUAUCGUAACGAUGGCAGUGCCUACGUCGAAGACAAUUUUUCCGGACAGCAGAGAAGGUUUGGCAGCUUUUGGACCUACGCUGACAGGAAUUCGCAGCCAGAAAUUAGCGUGGACGAGAAACCUGGCAACGAUACUGAUGUCAGGAAGAAUUUAGAUGACAAUGGCAGGGAGAAUCUCGAGAAUACCAGAGUGACACCUAAGAAGAGCGCAGACGAGGAGAGAGACGACUCGAGGAACGUUAAAAGGCAACGACCAGAGGUGAAGUUCGAGGAGAGGCAGAGCCUGAAUGGAUCUUCGUUGGAUGACAGGUUGACAGCGAGCAGCAGGGCGAAGUUGGUGCCGAAGUUGAUUCUAGGAACCGACCAGCUGGGGCAGAAGCACUUGGUGCACGUGGUACCUGCUGAUAUGUCGGGGAAUACGAGUUUCAUGAACUCCGUCGUGUCUAAUAUCUUGAGCACGGCGGGGCAGAACAGGACCGCUUAUCAGAGGAUACUGCGCAGGAUAUACGACUCUCUGAGCAGCAACAAGCGAUCUAUCGAAAGCUUCCUGGAGCCUGCAAGGAGUACAGAAACUCCGAGUCUUGGGAAAAACGAGGAACAGCAGCAGCAGGAAACGAGGAGUGGUUUGGCAGGAUUGGGACAAAUAGGUCGGACUUAUUCCAACUGUAGCAGACAAAUUCAGAGUGAAUCUGCGUUGCAGAAACGGUGGCCUUAUAUCGUGAACUGGAGCAAAUCGCGUAGAAUGAACAACGAUACGUCUUAUUUCUUGUAUCAGCACCCUAAGGUGCUGAAUAGUAUCAGAGAGUUCAAGAACGUAUCUGACAGGAUGUAUCCUAAAUUGAGUGUAGAUGUUCACAACAGUACCUUUCGAAACAGCUUCGAGACGAAGAACGUUACUCGCACCAACCGCAAGUAUAGUGACAGGUCCACGAAUCGCACAAAAUCGUAG